AUGGACGUGCUAAGUGUGCUCGAAGGCCGGCUAGAGGUUGUAGACGAUUCGGUAUCCUCGAGGGAACUGAUCAAUCGCUUGGUUGCACUGGGACCUCGCGAGGAACCGUUGCAUCUAGUCGAGUUGGAUGCAGUCGUAAAGCGGCAUUACGACUGGGUACGGCAUAUGCCACGGGUCCGACCGUUUUACGCCAUCAAAAGUAACGACGAACCAGCUAUUGUCGAGACGGCCGCUUUGUUGGGCUGUGGUUUUGAUUGCGCCUCAAUAGCCGAGGUUCGGCGAGUUCUCGGCUUUGGGGUCAAUCGCGAAAGGAUAAUAUUCGGUCAGCCAAUGAAAACCAUCGAGGCGCUGCAGUUUGCCAAGGAGAAAAAAGUGCGAACCGUUUUUGACAGCGACACAGAACUCCGGAAGAUUCAUCAAUACUAUCCGGAGGCAGAGGUUCUGAUCCGUUUUAGAUUCGUGCCCAACAACGCCGACGCAAAUUAUAACGUUAAGUUCGGCUGCAAUCCAGCAACAGAAGCUCGUCAGCUGUUGGAUUUGGCAAAAGAGCUCGGAAUCACUGUAAUCGGUUGGUGCUUCAACGUCGGAGCUGCUUGUUCGGAUCCGGAAAUCCUUUACAGAGCCAUCGAAGCAGGUCGAAAAAUUACCGAUUAUGCAACUGAUUUGGGAUUUUCCUUCCGGUUGAUUGAUUUGGGUGGAGGUUUCUCCGGCAGGAAGGGUAUUGAUGUUGGAAUUUAUGCGACGCAUAUAAAUCGAGCGCUACAGGAGUUUUUCCCGGAGGAUGAAAAGUGGUCCGUGAUUGCAGAGCCUGGAAGAUAUUACAGCGCAGCUGCGCACACCUCUGUGAUCCCCGUUCACGGUAAGAAGGUAUUUCGGAAUGAGCAGAACCCUGCACAGAUAGAAAGAGUGUUUUACUACUUUAAUGACGGAAUUUAUGGGACGUUCUACAGUGCUAAGUACCGCAAAAUGCCGGUAAAACCGGUGAUUUGGAAAAAGCGCGAAGAGUGCGGCCCGGAGCGUCGAUCCUUUCUGUACGGGCCAUCUUGCGAUGGGAUUGAUUGCUUUGCCGAAGAUAUAUUGCUACCGGAACUAGACAUCUCGGACUUUAUUAUUUUCGAAGACCAAGGUGCAUAUUCAAGGGUUCACUCUUGUAGAUUUAACGGGUUUUGUGUUCCAAAACCGGUUAUCUUCAUAAGAAAAAGUGUUUGGGAACUUCUGGAGCAAGUGGCAUCCGCGACUCAACCUGAAAGACUGGUUUUGGAUUCAAAAUAUUUACAAUUGAACUAUAAAUUGGAAGCCGUGGUAUUCGAGUAA